AUGCCCAUCAAAUCCGACUUCCCCGCCAUCGACCUCUCGGUCACGGACAUCUGGUCUUUUCUGUUCAACAGAAAGGACCGCGAGUUUCCGGAUGAGCACGUGAUAUUCCAAUCCGCCGAUUCCCUCUCCCGACAAUACACAUAUGCCUCGCUGCGGCAAUCCAGCGUCGAUUUCGGCAAGGGCCUCAAAGCGAGCUUCAACUUCCGCAAAUCCGACGUUUUGGGCCUCUUCGUGCCCAACGACAUUGACGUUCCGCCCGUGGUCCUGGGCACGCUCUGGGCAGGAGGUGUCGUCUCGCCCGCAAACCCGGGAUACACAGUUGCCGAACUGGUGUACCAGCUGAAAGACUCGGGCGCUAAGGUGCUGUGCACGCACCUCUCCGCGAUUGACACGGCGCGCAAGGCCGCCCAAGAGGUCGGCAUCCCGGACACGCAUAUCAUCCUACUCGGCGAGCAGCACGAUCCAUCUCGCAGAUUCAAACACUGGACGCUGGUCCGUAACCUCGAGGGCACGGCGCGGUACCGGACGCCCAAGCUAGACCCAAAAUCCGACCUCGCCUUUCUGGUCUACUCGUCCGGCACGACCGGGCGGCCCAAGGGCGUCCGACUGACGCAUUUCAACAUGACGAGCAACAUCCAACAAAUCCACGAGGCCGAGGGGUGGGUGACGUGGGACGGCUCCAAGACACCCCCCAACAGCGACAUCCCGCUGCCCGCCAAGGGUCAAGGCGACAAGAUCCUGGCGUGCCUGCCCUUCUUCCACAUCUACGGGCUCAACUGCCUGGUGCUCAGCCCCAUCUUCAGCGGCGUACACACACUGGUCAUGCAGCGCUUCGAGCUGGAAAAGUGGUGCGCGCUGGUCCAAAACCACAAGGUCACGUUUAGUUAUAUCGUGCCGCCCAUUGUGCUGCUGCUGUGCAAGAGCCCCGUAGUCGAAAAAUACGACCUGAGCUCGCUGCGCAUGACCAAUUCAGGCGCCGCGCCGCUGACCCGUGAGCUCGUCGAGAGCCUGUACAAGCGCAAAGGCGUGCGCGUCAAGCAGGGCUACGGCCUGAGCGAGACCUCGCCCACCAUCUUCGUCCAGCGUUGGGAGGACUGGUGGACCGCUGUCGGCACCACCGGCGUCAUGGUCCCUAACCUCGAGGCAAAGUUCUGCGCCGUCCCCGGUUCCGGCGAGGAGUCGGACGGCUCCAAGGAGUUGCCCAGAGGCAAGGUUGGCGAGUUGUAUGUCCGCGGUCCAAAUGUCUUUGGCGGAUAUCAUAACAACCCCAACGCCACCGCCGAGUGUCUCGAGGAUGGCUGGUUUCGGACCGGCGACGUGGGCUUCUUGGACGAAAAGGGCAAUUUGACCAUCACCGACCGCGUCAAGGAGUUGAUCAAAUAUAAAGGCUUCCAAGUCCCUCCCGCCGAACUGGAAGGCUACCUCGCAUCGCACCCGAAUAUCGACGACGUGGCCGUCGUGGGCGUCGAUUCACAAGAACUAGGCACAGAAGUGCCCCGAGCGUACAUUGUGCCCAAGAACCGGGGCCUCGUCUCUUCCACCACGACACAACAGCAGCAACAACAACAAGAACAACAAGAACAGGAACGACAAAAACAGGCCGCCGAGAUCGUGCAGUGGAUGAAUGCCAAGGUGGCCAACCACAAGAAACUGCGCGGCGGGGUCAAGUUCGUCGAAGCCGUGCCCAAGAGCGUCAGCGGCAAGAUCCUCCGGCGCGUCCUGAAGGAGCAGGCCAAGAAGGAGUUCCGGGAGGAGGAGGAGAGAAAGCUGGGCAAGGCACGGGCCAAGUUGUGA